AUGGGGAAGAGAUUAAUCGUACUUGUGGUAUUGCAAUUGAUAGCAAUAUUCACAUUUUCAGCAGGAUUCUUUCCUCAGAAAUCUGUGAUGCAAGGAGAUGCCCAAUUCUGGUAUUUGCCUGAUGAGCAGAUUCAUAUGGCGCCAAAAUUCGAUAAACUAGUUUUUGUUGUCAUUGAUGCCCUUAGAGCAGACUUUUUAUUUCAGAAGGAGGCCAGUAAUUUUCACUUUGUCCAUGAAUUAUUAAAUAAUGGUAAGGCCUGGGGUUACACAGCUUAUUCCAAUCCACCUACGGUGACACUACCUAGACUCAAGGGCAUUACGACUGGUUCGACGCCCAAUUUUUUGGAUGCCAUCCUCAACGUUGCAGAGGAUGACUCGUCAUCGAAUUUGAAAGAGCAAGACUCGUGGUUACGGCAGUUCCAUGUUCACAACAAGCACAUGAAAUUUUUUGGUGAUGACACCUGGCUAAAAUUGUUCCCGCAUGAGUUUUUCGAUGAGGUGGAUGGAACGAACUCUUUCUUCGUGAGCGAUUUUGAGCAAGUUGAUCUUAACGUUACUAGACAUCUACCAAAACAAUUGGGCAAUCAGGACGAGUGGGAUGUACUAAUUCUACAUUAUCUUGGGCUCGAUCACAUAGGACACAAAGGUGGUGCUAAAUCCCACUUCAUGCCAGCUAAACAUCGCGAAAUGGAUUCAAUUAUCAAAGAAAUAUACAGCUCAAUUGAUGAAAGCACUCUUUUAUGCGUCAUGGGAGACCAUGGAAUGAAUGAUUUAGGCAAUCACGGUGGUUCUUCAGCAGGUGAAACAUCUGCUGGACUUGUAUUCAUUUCUGAAAAGCUAGAAAAAUAUGAAAAGCCCAUAGCACAACGAAACGUUGUUCUACCUAUCUCUGAGUUGAAUGAAAAUUACGAAUACCUAACCAAAAUUCAACAAAUCGAUUUGGUACCGACACUUGCCUCUUUGUUCAAUCUGCCCAUUCCCAAAAACAGCAUCGGUGUUAUAAUAGCGGAUUUUUUGCAACUAUUCUCCAAAGAUGCUUCGAAAAUUAAGAUAAUGGAUAAUUAUCACCAAUUAGUUAGCGUGGCUCAAGGUUAUUCCGAACAGAUUGAUGACCUGACUGCAAUUAUGUCACGUAUGAAAGACAUUCAAGCGAAGCUGGCACAGUCUGCUACAAACUACGACUAUUCGCUCAUAGCUAUUGGAUACGCUGUUUUAAUUGGAAUAACGGUGAUUACAACUGCAAGCACACUCAGACUAUUGAGAUUAACCUAUACAACAGCAUUGUUACUUGGAACCACGAUGAUCCUCAGUUUCAGUACUUUUGGGAGCAGUUUUGUCGAGGAAGAACAUCAGCUGUGGUGGUGGAUUACAAUCGGAAUUGUCGGGGCAUCAUGUAUUUCUAAUCCUAAUGAAAUAUUAAAUCACCUCCUGGUUUUGGUCUGUCUAAGAUUCGUGCGGGGCUGGAACAAUAGCGGACAAAAGUAUUUCUUUGAGCAUACUAUCUACGAGUUGUUAAAAACUCAUAACAACUUGCAAUGGGUUUUCAAUACUUUGACAAUUUUUGCAGUGAGUUGCAACACUGCAACGCAUGACUAUUUCUCCUUUACUUCUUCGUUUGUUCUCGCAAGCUUGUGUUUAGUAUACAAAGCUAAUUGGAGCAUUGUAAAUGGGGAAGGUCUUCCGAAAUGGCUCGAAAUAAUAGUCUUCAAAUCGUGUUCUUUACUGCAGGAAGAUGAAAGCUCUGAUAUCUACAGCGAGACUCUGGUACCUCUUGCCCGACUUUUUUUUCAAGCUUCCAUAACUGUCCUGAUUGCACGAAUUCUCGUUCAUAAAUAUUUCUCGAAAAAGGUUGGGUUUUUUCAGGAUGUACACUCCAUUAUUAGUUCCAUAUUAAUAUUUCAAACCUCAUCUGCCAAUAUACCACUUUUUUUGGUGUUUCAAAUACUUUCUGGAAGAUUGCACUAUUUAUGGACCGCAUAUUAUUCUUCCAAUCAAGCAAUAUUGAUGUUGCUCAAUUUAAUAUUACAACACCUAUCGUUUUUCCAGUUUGGCAGCACCAACUCCAUUGCUACGGUAAAUUUGACCAAUGCUUACAACGGUGUUUCAGACGACUAUAAUAUUUACACAGUUGGGCUGUUAAUGUGCAUAGGUAACUUCGCUCCUUCCAUAUAUUGGUCUCUUGCAUCAUCCAAAGUCCUCUACAAGUCUAAUACAGAUAAAUGGAGUGUAUUUUAUCGAGCGAAGCUGCCUCAAUUCUUCUUUUACUGUCUCUUUGGAUGCUUCUUAUUAGCCUCUUGCAUUAUCCUGAGAUACCAUUUAUUUAUUUGGAGCGUUUUCAGCCCAAAGCUAUGCUACUACGUGACUUGGAAUGCAUUCAUGAAUGGAUUGAUUGGUUGGGUAGUAGAAGGGCUACUGGUGGCUCUAUAUUAA